UAAAAGCAUAAUAUAGGGUUCUAGGAUUUUCCCCAAACUCAACAACACAAGUACUUGUGUUUUCCAUCUCCUCACGUGUUCAACACCCCCAACCUCAAAUUUCUCCGUUACGACAAACAUUCUCCGGUCAUAGCUCCGAUCAAGUUGCUACUUUUGCAGAGAUUGAAAGAAAGCUACAUUUAAGCUUAGCCAGUUUCCCGUUUCAGCUUCUUUUCAUGUGAAAAUGUAUGAAAUAACUAAUUUAUCAGACAGUGAAGAUGAGUUUAAGCCUGAUCCUGAAACCAUCACAAAAACAGAGGCAAUAGAUUACAAUGGUUUCCCAUACGAAAACAUGUACUCAAGACAUGUUGGGGACAAUGGUGCCAGCUCAUCUGGAAGCAAUAUAAGAUCAUCUCUUCUAGGAAUGGGAUUUCCACCAGAUCUUAUUGACAAAGCUAUCAGACAAAAUGGAGAAGAUAAUAUGGAUUUAUUAUUGGAGACACUCAUUGCAUACACUGCUCUUCAAAAAUCAAAUCCCAAAUCAUUGCAUUCUGCUAAAAAUGAUGAGUCAGCUCCAGGUGGCGGGAAAAGGAAGGCUAUUCUUAUAUCACAUUCGGAAUCAUCUGGUUCCCUGGAUUGCUUAUUUGGUGAUGAACAGGAUGUAAGUAGUCGGAGCACUAACCCUAGAAAUAUUUCUGUAAAAGAAGAUCUUGAUGAAGGUUGCAAUGGCAUUGAUGACAAAAAGGCUUCCUUACUAAUGAUGAACUUCACUAUUGAGGAAGUCGAGUUUGCAAUGAACAAACUUGGAGAAGAUGCUCCUGUUAACGAACUUGUAGAUUUCAUCUUUGCUGCUCAGUUAGCUAACGCAGAUGAUUCAAACAAGAUCCAUGAAACAAAAAAUGAGGAAGCCACUACAGAGACCUUGUUUGGAACAAUGGACAAGACAUUAAGAUUGCUUCAAAUUGGCUUCUCUGAACAAGAAAUUUCUUCAGCCAUUGAGAAGUAUGGUGCUGAAGUUUCCAUACAAGAGCUUGCUGAAUCCAUUGUUUGUGAUCGAAUGGAAGGGCCUAGCAUCAAGAACGAAGAGGAUCCCUUUUUAUCAUUUGGAGACAACUCAUGGAUGCUUGGAAAUAGAUUCAAGUCUUCAUCAAUGGGGGCAAAAAAUGUUCUAGAUGCAAACUUUUAUGCUAAUCUAGCAUUAAGAACAGAAGAAAGUAGUAAGGCUGCAGCUUCUAAGAUCAAAGAAACUGAAACUAUCAACAGCUUCAACUCAAAACAACCGAAAGAGGAAAGCAUCGAUGAACAAAUCAGUUUAUUACAAAAACCAAAACCCGAAUUUGAAGACCUGAAUAGUUAUUCUACACCAGCACGCAGUGCAUCAAAACCCAUGAGUUCCAAGGUUUUACAGAGACAACUCAAGUAUAAACAAAAACGCAUGGCAGCAGUUGGAGUGCCUAAAUUAAUUCAACCCGCUUCAUGCACCAGUGUUGACCAAAUGGUAGCAAAAGCUCCAUUGUUUUUCUAUGGAAAUGUCAUGAACUUAUCCCAUGAUUCAUGGGUCAAAAUCUCCCAGUUUUUAUACGCAAUCGAGCCUGAAUUUGUCAACACUCAGUUUUUUUCAGCUUUGAGUAGAAAAGAAGGGUAUCUACACAAUCUCCCAACUGAAAACCGGUUUCAUAUCCUCCCAAAACCACCAAUGACAAUAGAAGACGCGAUUCCAGAAACAAAAAAGUAUUGGCCUUCAUGGGAUACAAGAAAACAGUUGACAUGUAUCAAUUCUGAAACGAUUGGAAUCACACAGCUAUGUGAUAGGCUCAAAAACAUAUUGGUCAGUUCAAAAGGUGUUCUUUCGGUUGAACAACAGAAGGACCUUCUUCACCAGUGUAAAACCUUGAACCUUAUGUGGGUGGGUCGUAACCGGGUCGCCCCGAUUGAACCGGAAUCCGUGGAGAAAAUUCUCGGGUACCCGAGGUAUCACACUCGGGCAGAUGGGUUGUGUUUAGGGGAAAGGCUACAGUCUUUGAAACAUUCUUUCCAGAUAGAUGCUUUAGGGUAUCAUUUAUCUGUUUUGAAGUCGAUGUUUCCGGAAGGUUUGACUGUGCUUUCGAUUUACAGUGGAGUUGGAGGGGCGGAGAUUGCUUUGAAUCGGCUUGGGAUUCGGUUGAAGGCGGUUGUUUCAAUCGAGCCAUCGGAGAUAAAACGGAAGAUUUUGAAGCAGUGGUGGGAGAAUUCGGAUCAGAUUGGGGAAUUGGUGCAGAUUGAAAAUAUUCAGAAGCUAUCGAGUACAAAGCUUGAAAGUUUGAUAAAGAAGUUCGGCGUUUUUGAUUUUAUAAUAUGUCAAAACCCGUAUACUUAUGCUCCAAAAAGUGUUACCAUGGCUGCUGCUGAAAGCGAAAGCUUUGCAGGGUUGGAUUUCUCGCUGUUUUAUGAGUUUGUGCGUGUGCUACAACGGGUUCGGAGUUCUAUAAAGAUUAGGUGAUUGUUUUUGUACCUUUUAUUAUUAUGAAAAUGUUAAUUUGGUAACUUAAUCUAUAAUAUUUAUAUGAGAACCUUGGUAGUAAUCCUCCUUAAUAAAUAAAUAAAUCCUCCUUAAUAAA